UAAAGGCAGGCGGGUCCGCCGUUCACAGUAUCAGUCGCCAAAGACCGAAUCUGCAAACAUGAAGUUCUUCGUCGUUGCUGCCCUGGUGGCCGUGGCUGCCGCCGCCCCCUCCACCCCCUACAGCCCCCGGCCGGCCUACCACCCGGCCCCGGCCUACCACCAGCCGUCCUACAAGGAGCCCGCUCAGCCGUACCAGUUCGACUACGCCGUCAACGACCACUACUCGGGCGCCGUCUUCUCGCAAAACGAGAACAGCGACGCCAAGAACGUCAACGGCUACUACUCGGUCAACCUGCCCGACGGCCGUGUGCAGACGGUCAAGUACGUGGCUGACCAGCAGGGCUACGGAGGCUACAACGCCGAGGUGACCUACGAGGGCGAGGCCCGCUACGACGAGUACAAGCCCAGCUACAAGCCAAGCUACAAGCCCGCUUCGUACGCCGCUCCGUCCCACCAGCCCGCCUACAAGCCCGCCUACAAGCCCGCCUACCAGCCCGCCUACAAGCCCACCUACAACUAAAUGUUGCUAUCUGUAAUUGAUACUGAUAUUUAUUCAGUGUGUUGCAUUCUAUUAAGAUCUGGGGCCGUAUUCACGUCGAUCAUUUUCGUAAGAAUUUUCUUAAGUUUGACCUACUUCUUAAGUAAAUUUUUUUAAUCACGUGAACUCCGUUGAUAAAAACUUAAGAAGUGUCGACGUGAAUACCAAAUUAUACUUACGAAAGAAAAUCGACUUACGAAGUCGACGUGAAUACGGCCCCGGUUCCUUUUGUAUUUGCCGUUUAACGGUGCAAUAUCAUGUCAAUUGUCAUACAUGAAUACAUCGAACCUUCAUACAUA